CCCAUAAAAGAUGGUCGGCUGUGAUGUCCUAAAAGGCUGCAAGUGGAGAUGGAUAAAGAUGAUGCAGAUAGAGAGAGAAAGUAGAUAACAAAAUGAACAAGGAAAUGAAAUCAUGUGCUAAUGGAACAGGAAAUGUUUACUGAAAAGUAGAGCUGCCGACCAAAUCCAGCCAAACACAACUCAAUCAAGUGAGUUGCUCAAGGAUUAGUGUCGAUGAGCUCAGUACUCGAUUCACCUCCUCUCUCAUAUAAAUCGAGCAUUCGACUCUCUUCCCUCGUCCCAACACUCGACUUCUCCCUUUUGAUCUCUUCUCUUCUUUCUUCUUCCGCUUGAAACCACCAUAGCUAGCCAGCAUGGGCAGGUCUCCGUGCUGUGAGAAGGCUCAUACGAACAAGGGAGCUUGGACGAAAGAGGAAGACGAGAAGCUGAUCUCUUACAUCAGCCAUGGCGAAGGCUGCUGGAGAUCACUCCCCAAAGCUGCAGGUCUGCUUCGAUGUGGCAAGAGCUGCCGGCUCAGGUGGAUAAACUACCUCCGCCCCGAUCUCAAGCGCGGCAACUUUACGGCGGCAGAAGACGAGCUCAUCAUCAAACUCCAUGGCUUGCUUGGGAACAAAUGGUCUCUCAUAGCAGGGCGAUUGCCGGGUAGGACCGACAACGAGAUCAAGAACUACUGGAAUACAACCAUCAAGAGGAAGCUCCUCGGCCGUGGCCUCGACCCUCAGACUCACCGACCCAUCGAGCUGAUCACUAACCCCUUCGCUACCUUAAAACAACAAGACGUGUCCAUGGCUCAGGACUGCACGACUGUAGCAAAGGUCUUAAGCUUCUCCAGCGACGACGGCAGCAGCAGCAGCACCGACCUCAAUCUCGAUCUCUCCAUAAGCCCUCCUUACCACCCUUCUGCAGAAGUGUCAGUGGCAACCACAUCACAAUACUUUGUGCUGCAAUCUUGGUUUAACCCAAGCUAGUACCGAAGCCUGUAGCUGCGCCCAGAACAUCCCAAAAACACUUGUAUUUAGUUACAGUAGAGGAAGGACAACACAUACAGCUUAGAUGAGUAAAGGUGCUUCAGUAGCCAAUUCUGAUGUGUGUACUUUUUUUGCUUGCGAAAAAGGUUCUUCUGCAACAAAACGAACUGAAGUGAUAAGGGAAGCCGGACACCGGCGGCUUGUGAAAAAUCCUACUCUCUUCGAUGUACUGGUGAUGCCCAAUCUCUAUGGAGAUAUAAUCAGUGACCUUUGUGCAGGACUGAUUGGAGGGCUGGGCUUAACUCCUAGUUGCAACAUUGGUGAAGGUGGCAUCGCUCUAGCAGAAGCCGUACAUGGGUCAGCCCCUGAUAUAGCUGGAAAGAAUCUUGCAAACCCAACUGCUCUCCUGCUGAGUUCCGUUAUGAUGUUGCGCCACUUGAGGCUUACCGACAAAGCUGACCAAAUCCACAAUGCUAUACUUAAUACCAUUUCAGAAGGAAAGUAUCGAACGGUUGAUCUUGGUGGGAAUUCGUCAACUACAGAUUUUACAAAGGCAGUAUGCGAUCAUCUUUAGAAAGUUUGUGGCAGCACACCCGGAUAACCGGAUGGUACCAAUCAAAAUAGCGUUUGUUGAAGCGUGGAAAAGCCAAACUACCGUGUAGCUGAGCUGAAGGGUUGAAAGAAAGCGAUAGAGGGGCUUCUCGCGACGACUCCCUCCAUGCCAUGGUUCGAUUUCUGUCCCGACGACCAAUGGUGAAUCACAGGAGCAUAUGGGUCGAUUUCUGUCCCGGGAGUUUGUCAAGCUAAUAAUAAACAACGACAGUCAUUUUGGUUUAGAAUGGUGAGGGAUAUGCUCAACCAGAGACGUGCUUUUGACAAGUUUAUUUCAGAGAAUUUUUCU